CGAAAGGCCGAAUUCAUUGAUCAGGUAGUCAAGUCUGCGGGCGUGGAACUCAGCAAGAAGGACGCUGCCGGGGUCCUGGACACCGUUUUUAGCGUCAUCGGUAAAGCAAUCAAGGACGAGGAUCGCUUUUCCUAUCCGGGGUUUGGCACCUUUACAGUCAAGGAGCGAUCAGCCCGCAAGGGCCGCAACCCGCGUACGGGCGCUGCGAUCGACAUCAAAGCCAGCAAAACUGUCGGCUUCAAGCCGGCUCCCGGCCUCAAGCAAAAUCUCGUCGCUCCGGCAAGACGACGCCGUUAA